CACUCACACACACAGACAGAGACGACGGCAGAGAGAAGACACAGUCCGCACUGGCAGAAGGAAGAAGAGACAGACUUAGACAGACACACACAUACACAUUGCGCGUGUGUUGUGCACACACACACAUACACUCUUUACACACACACUCACAUCUGAUCUGCGCAGCAGAGGCUGAGUACAUCAUCAGAGGACGAGAGUGUAGAAGCGUUCAGUGCUCACUGCCACACACGCACACACACACACCACAGCCGGAGAGGAUCUACACGCCUGUUACAGAGGACUACGUCCACACACACACACACACAGAGGAUAUCGACGCGAAUCAGAAGAGGACCAUCCAUCACAGGAGGGAAUCAAGGACUUUUCACCUCUUAACCUGAACACACACACACACACACACACACACACAGAGGACCUCAGCAUUGACCACAGGACGUCUAACGUGUCUUUUAAAAACACACGCACACAUGCGCGCGUGGACCUUUGGAUCGUUUGAUUGAUUGGCUCGUUAUUCUGCUGAAGGGUAAACAGGCUUUUAUGUGAGUGUGAGUGUGUUUAAUUGCAUGCGGUUAAGAGAAGUAGGCACGGGUGUGACUGAGUCUUGUUCAGUUUUCCUACGUGUGUGUGUGUGCGUGUGUGUGUAUACAUCCGUGUUUGUGAGUGUGAGUGAACAAGCCAUGCAACAAUAGCUGCCCUGAAACUGUGGGAGUUCACACUCUACGGCAGAACUGUGAAAAGAGAGCGUCUCCAGUUUAGCUGUGCGUCCGAGUCCGUGUGUGUGUGCGUGGGUGCAUGUGUGUAUGUGUGUGUGUGGCAGCAUAGCAGAGGUGUGUGUGUUUCCCCCAUCUACCUCCACUAAUCACACCUGAAGGAGACUCUCCCCCAUCAGCUGUCCGUGCCGAGUCGAGACUCGGACGCCUCGUGACGGAACGUUCACGACCACGCGCGCGCGAGUGUGUGUGUGUGAGUGAGUGUCGAGUGUGACCCGUAGCGAGGCGAGGUGACGUGAGGAAGAGGAGGAUGAGCGAGACGAAGAAGCGAGAGCUGGACAUGAGGGACAAGGCCAUCCUGCACCAGCAGAGGAGACUCAAGCAGGCCACGCAGUUCACACACAAGGACUCCGCCGACCUGCUGCCUCUGGACGGGCUCAAGAGGCUCGGCACCUCCAAAGACCUGCAACCCCACAGCAUCGUGCAGCGGCGCCUGUUGGAGGGCAACAUCCCCCGUAUCCGUGCCGACGCCCUGGACGCCGCCGCCCGGGUCCGCUCGCCACUCGCCGACAGCAAGGAGCCCGGCGCUUCCACGGAGACGGAGGAGCGGAGCGAGAGCACGGCGGACGACUCCACCGAGGAGCGCGAGUCGCCCGAGGAGAGCGAGAAGAGCCUGAGGUCCGAGGAAGAGGAGGAGGACGAAGAGGAGGACGAGGAAGAUGACGAGGACGAUGACCAGGAGAGGAGGAGAGGGAAGGCACAGCAGACCAGGCCAGGGCGGAAAGGGGGAAGAGAGAAAACAGAGGAGAGGAAGAAGAAAGAUGGGAUGGAGGGAAGAGAGACUUCCUGUCUGGCUGCUUUGGUUGUCCAGUGCAAGUGCCAUGAUGCUGAUGUGAAGGCGUCCAUAAACACUGGCUGUCAGCACAACCACAUCUCCCGCUCCUGCUGCAGACGGCUAGGGCUGAAGCCCACAGUAGAGGGUCCGGCUGCAGUGAAGGCGGAGGGUCAGCAGGUGUGUGUGCAGGAGGCCCCCGCUGCUGGAGGUGUGGUGGGGGGGCUGCAGCUACAGCUGGGGGGGGACAGAGUGCAGUGCUCCGCACACGUCACAGAUGAUGAGGCGUUUGAGUUGUGCCUGGGACUCCAGACUCUGCUGGAACUGAAAUGCUGUGUGGACCUGGACUCCAGGGUUCUGCGGCUCCAGGCCAGCGGAGAAGAGCUGCCUUUCCUGGACGCCUCCGCCCACCACAGCCAGUGCCACCAUGACAACAACAAGAACCUGUGACAUCACUUCCUGUGACGUCACCCCAAACGUGGACCCAGCCUCCCUGUGUCUAGAGAAGGAAAAGGAAGAAAACAUGGAAGGACAUUUCAUGUCUCUCUCUCUUCAUAUCUCUCUGUCACUCUUUUCUUCUCUCUAUCUCUCUCUCUAUCUCUCUAUCUCUAGCUCAUAAUGUUAGUGUUUGUUUUGUGUGCUUCUGCAUUCUGCGUUUGCCAUGAUUCUCUCCUCGCAUUCAUAAGUGAACGGAGGUUCAGAGAGAUUAAUUAAUCCUAUUAUAAUAUCUAUGUAUCAUUUCCUCAUGAACACGUAUUUCAGAUUAUUGUUUGUGAUCAAUCACUAAUGGGUCAUUAAUUAGUGUGAAGAGAAGUGAAAGGGGAAAAUCCAGUAAAUUGUGAUUGAAAUAGUGUGAAAUGAUUCAAAUGAUUGAUAAUUAAUGUGCAAUCUGUCACGCUGGAGAAGACAGAUGUGGGAAUAGCUAUAUAGCUACUAGACCUUAGCUAUUGUACUGAACAAAAAAUAUAUAAACACAAGGUGGAACAAUCUCAAACAGUUUACUGAGCUGCAAUGCAUCUAUGAAUUCAGUCCCUUUUUGAGCUGUGCAUACUGCCAGACCAUGGCAACAGAUUGGAAUUUGUGAUUAGAAUAGUGGGUGAGAUUUAAAUCGGUUUCAGUUGUUGCGAAAGGUUGUUGAUAUUUUUAACGGCCAUUCAAAUUACAUCUCUGUGUUCUGGGCCCCUACAGCUUCGUGCUGAUUGGCUGGGAUCAUUUAAAGGCUCAGUCCGAGUCGCUCUGUUUCCCCACUCAGAGUGUGGACUGUGCAUGAACACACACACUAAAGAGACGGCUAGACGACUGACCCUGAGGAGCAGUUAACUGAAUUUGACCGAAAGGUUAUGGAAUUAUAAUCACUAAUGACACCUUGUUUAAGUUCUUAAAUGCAGUAUAAAUGCAGUACCACACCUGGGUCCCAGAGUAUGACAGACAGGGGGGCAAAUCUGGGGUCAGUGUGUAGCAGACGGGGGGCAGAUCUGGGGUCAGUGUGUAGCAGACGGGGGGCCGAUCUGGGGUCAGUGUGUAGCAGACGAGGGGCAAAUCUGGGGUCAGUGUGUUGCAUCUGUUCUGAGUGUUAUCUGGGGAUGUUAUGAAAGUUACCCCCUGACAUCUAACCAAUUGCCCCGGGGUGCGUGAUCUGUUCGCUCAUUAGAGAGCUGCAGCUCUGACUGACUAGAACAGGAGCUGAAGCAUACAGUACGUGAGCAAAUUUCAAGUCACAGCAACUCUCUCCAAACCGCCUUGUCUCUCUUUCUUUUCUUUCUCUCUGUUUCUUUCCUUCCGUGUGCUUCAUAUUCAUGUCAUGUUUUUCCAAGACGUCAUUUCUAUUCUUCCUUUUUUCUCUCUUCUCUUCUUUCCUUUUUUCUUUGCUGUAUCUGCUUCACAUUCAUUCUCCCUCUCUUUUCUAAUCUCUCUCUCUCUCUGUGUGUCUCAUUUAUCUGCUCAAUUCUCUCAUAUUUCCCUUAUUUCCUCGCCCCUUCCCUGUUUUUUCUUCUUCCCACCUAUCCUCUCUCUCUCUCUCUCUCUCUCUUUCUCACCCUCUCUCUCAUUUGUUAGUGCAGCUGGUGGUCCCCUUGCUGAGCUGAAUUAAAGAGGAGGAGGACUCCUCCUGUGUGUGCUGCAGGGUUUGCUCACUUCGGGUCACUUGGGUGCAUUUCUCUGAUCAGAAUUGAAACUCUCUAAAACCACUAGCUCAACCUCCAUCGUCAUCUUCUACACUCUAAAAUAUAACGGGGCCAGUACCGGUUCUUCAGAGUGAUGCCGUAGAAGAACCUUUUUCAGUGCUUCAAAGAACCACUGAACAACAACAUCUUUAAAGAACCAUUUCAUGAACGGCAUAAUAAAAUGUCAUAUUAGGCCAAACCCAUUAUGAUCUGAGGCUCUGAAGAACCAUUUUCAACGUGAAGAACCUUUCGCCUGAUGGUUCAACACACAGAGUUUUGACUAUCCAUGGAACCAUCCAGAGAUUCAAAGAACCAUUUAAGCACCUUUAUAUUUUAGAGUGUACACCGCUGUGCUAUCAACCGCUCUGGUCUUUCUUUGUUGUACGACAAUGAACCACUGUACAUGGUCUGCCACCAAAAAUGACAUCCGCACUGAACUGUAAAAAUAUAGACAUGGCUUACUGUUAUGCAAACGUUACUGAUGAGUUUGAGAAAUGCACCGAAGUGAUGGAGUGAGACUGUAAAUGUUGGACACCCAAAGCCCAGAAAGUGUGUCUGCACAGUGGUUGCGUAAUGCUCGAGCAGCUGAACGUUAAGCAUAAGAAUUAUAUAUUGAAAUAACAUUCCAGUGUUGCAUGAUCGGCUGUUUUUCCUGUAGAUGUUAGGUUUCACUUAUGUUGGUCAAAUUUGUAGUUUUUGUGUGUGUUUGUGUAUGUGUGUUUGUGUGUGUGUGUGCGCUUAUGUGGGUGAGAGUGUGUGUGUGUGUGUGUGUGUGUGUGUGUGUGUGUGUGUGUGUGUGUGUGUGUGUGUGUGUGUGUGUGUGUGUGUGUGUGUGUGUGCGUGUGCGUGUGUAAGAGAGAGACUGUGUGUCUGAUAAUGCUUUUAGUGACAGGAGAGUGCUUACUUGUUUUUUUUCUGCCGGGAGAGGAACACGGUCCCCAUACCUUAUUAGCCCUUCAGCUAACCUCCCACUGCUCUCAUGACUCCAGCUGCCUUCCCCCUUCUAUUUCUAGGGCACCUGAAUCACUCUAGCCCCAGGCUUCACUUUGUGCCAAGGCCUCAGUGGAGGUUGAUUUUCUCAGUUUCCCUGGGAGGUCACCAUCUCUCUCUCUCUCUCUCUCACUCUCUCUCUCUCUCUCUCUCUCUCUCUCUAUUCUACUUCUGCUUUACACAGCUAAGCUAAGCUAAAUUAAGAUUUGAAACAUUUUGUGGUUUUAUUUUUGUUGAUAGCGGAUCUUGGUCGCACACACACACACACACACACACACACACACACUCACACAUGAUGGUGUGAAGCGAUCAAGUGUCAUUGAAAAGCGCCUCGCUUUAAUCCCUAAGCUGUUGGUCUGAUGCUGAGCUUCUGGUGUUACUGAUUAGCUUAUACACACACAUAUUCACACACACACACACACACACACACACACACACACACACACACACACACACACACACACACACACACACACACACACACACACACACACACACACAAUCACACACUCACACACACACACACAUAUAAAGAGAGUGAGAAGUGGGGCUAAUCAGUGGGAGGACUCAUGCAGUGUGAGCCUGUGUGAGGUCGCUAUGUCUCUGUCGCCAGGACACAUCACCACGGCACCCAUCUGACCAGCUUCGUCACUGAAGGUCAUCCCUGCAUUUAUUGGCUCCAACCCCCCCGCCCCCCCGCCUUCUUGUUUAUUCUACAGAUCUCUCUGCGCUCUGUAACGGCUUUGAAAAAUUGAUGUUUGAGACGAGUGGAUUUUUUUUCUUUCCUGUGAUCUUUGUUUUGUUUUGUUUCUUUUUGUUUUUAGUUUUGUGUUCUGUUGAUCGUUUUUUGAUUUCUGAUCAGUAUUUUAAUCUGCCUAUUAAAAAUUCAAAAUAAAAAUCUGUAUUCUGGCUAUA